CUGUAUGCACGCAGUCACAAAUACUUUUACUCCGCGCUUUUAAUCCGUGCCGUACAGUGCUCGUAUCACAUAACCGUUCGUCGCCUACGCGUGGACUGCUGCUGCUGUUGUUGCUGCUGCCGCCGCUCUUUUCCUUCCACUCAUAUAAUAUUAUUUAAUAUAUUGUACUGCGACCGAUCCGGACUCGAUGGCCACGUCGUCGUCGUUCGCGCAAAUAUGGUCGGGCGUACAAGUCGAGUACGACGACAGCAAGCUGACAACCGACGCACCCCACUCGCCGCCCACGCCGAUAGUGCACCGGACGUCCAAGCCCAAGACUUACCCGCAACAGGUGGGGUACAAAUGGCAAAUCGUGUGGCGCAACGUGAUCGGCUUCGUCGUAUUGCACUCGAUCGCCGUCUACGGGUUUUACCUAGUGUUCAGCGGACACGUCCAAAUAAAAACCAUACUGUUCAUGUUAGUGGUGGCGGCGUGUAGCGCUUUGGGCAUAACGGUCGGCGCCCAUCGGCUUUGGGCUCACCGGUGUUACAACGCACGUCUGCCGAUGCGAGUGCUGUUGGCCGUGUUCCAGACCCUGGCGUUCCAAAACCACAUAUACGAAUGGGUCCGGGACCACCGAGUCCACCACAAGUUCACCGACACGGACGCCGACCCACACAACUCGUCUCGAGGAUUUUUCUUCUCGCACAUGGGCUGGCUGAUGGUCCGCAAGCACCCGGAUGUGUCGGCCAAGGGUUGCGCGGUCGAGAUGAAAGACCUGGAAGCCGAUCCGGUGGUCAUGUGGCAGAAAAAAUAUUACUUAUGGCUAGUUCCCGUGGUGACGUUCCUGAUACCGUCUUUCGUUCCAUACUGGUUUUGGCAAGAACGUUUUUGGUACGCGUUCGCUGUGGUCGGCGUCACUCGUUACAUGAUAUCGUUACACUUCACGUGGCUGGUUAACAGUGCUGCUCAUAUAUGGGGCACAAAACCAUACGAUAAGAACAUCACACCCACCGAGAACCCUACCGUGGCGCUUUUGGCGUUCGGCGAGGGAUGGCACAACUACCACCACGCGUUCCCGUGGGACUACAAGGCGGCGGAGCUGGGCAACUACCGGUUGAACUUCAGCACGGCGUUCAUCGACGGAUGCGCGAGGCUCGGUCUGGCGUACAACCUGAAGACGGCCAACGCCAGUCUGGUGGAGAAGCGGUCGCGCCGGACGGGCGAUGGCACCAAGCGACACCACCACCAGCACCACAAUCACCACCACGUGGAGGGUGGCGUCUGGGGAUGGGGCGACGAGGACAUGGCCGAAGACGACAAACGGGUCGCACAAGUGAUCGACUGACGGCUUGACCGCGGCGGACUUCCGGUCGGCUAGACCAAUUUUUAUGUUUUUUAUUGUAUAUGUAUAUAUUUUAUAUAUAUAUAUAUAUAUACGUACACAUUCCUCCGAAAUCACGUGUACACCUAUCGAUAUUAUGUAAUAUUUAAGUGUAUAUCGUAUCAAUCAUACCCUUCGAGACAACGUCCUCCUAGUUUGUACGGUGUAAUUUAAUCUUUUUUGUUUUAUGUACUAGACG